CAACAACUUGGAAAAUCACUGCGAGAGAAGAGAGAGCCCCUCUAUGAUUCGGAAAGGUCGUCCACUCCGAUCCAGCCCGGAAGAGAAGACACAGCACGCGCUGUCACAACACAAAAGACGCACAUAUUCGAAAGAAGGUCACGGAAGUUCUAGCCAUGGCAUGGACUGUCAAAAGAUGAACAUGACAUCAGAAGGACCAUUGAAUAUCAGUUGUUGUCGAAACCGAUGUGGAAUUAUAUCCGCGGAUCGCUAGAACACUUGUUUAACGCCGACUCGUGUUGAAAGCUGCCGACUUCAAGAGGACUUCAUGGGCUCCAGUAGUGGUUGAGGAGGUGGUCUGUCUGCACACAGUAUCCCACCCCCAGCAUGGAUGAUCCUCCUGGGCCACAACCGUCAUACUCCUCCUCCCAUCUCACUGGCUCCUCCUCCCAUCUCACUGGCUCCUCCUCCCAUCUCACUGGCACCACCACCACCACCUCUCCUUCUCCUCCACCACCACCACCUCUCCUUCACCUCCACCACCAGGUCUCUGAGGCUGAGCAAACCUAGCCGGGCCUCCACCACCCCACCAUUACCCCACCCCACCACCCAGACCCAACCACCCAGACCCAACCACCCUGCCUCCACAGUGGGUCCUCAGACCUAGCCAGCCCACCAUCACCCCACCACCCAGAUCCAACCACCCUGCCACCACAGUGGGUCCUCAGACCUAGCCAGCCCACCAUCACCCCACCACCCAGACCCAACCACCCUGCCACCACAGUGGGUCCUCAGACCUAGCCAGCCCACCAUCACCCCACCACCCAGACCCAACCACCCUGCCACCACAGUGGGUCCUCAGACCUAGCCAGCCCACCAUCACCCCACCUAUCUGUCACCAUGACACACAUGGACUACGAAUACACCCUGUUGGGUUCCUCGAUGGAGGACUACAGGAAGAGACCUCUGAAACCACAGGUGGACGACAGCCCCAUGAGCCUGUUUGCCGUGCUGCAGGUGAAACGUGACCCUCUCCAUCUCCACGGACCCUGGCCCCGGUGCACCCUGGGAUGUGGUGCGAGCACCCUGACCUGCUUCAGGAAGGUUAAACUGUACGGCUUCCUGUUCGGCCUCGCCGUCAUGUUCCUCAUCAUGGCUUCCUAUAUCCUCACUGGGGACAAGAAGGGCCUCCUCUUGACCCCGUCCCCAUAUCACUCCUCUACGGUGCCGAACUCGGGGUCCGGCACUGGGCCCGACCCCUUUAAUGUGUCUUCUGCCAAGGACUACGCUACCGUUAAGCUGGUGGUGAAGAACCUAGCGUCCAAGGUGGAGUUCAGUACUACCAGACAGCUGCCGGAACGCGAGGCGCUAAUACACAGUGAGCCACAUAUGUUUUCCGUUAUCCCCCACAAGUUUCUUCCCAACGUCAAGAACCCUUGCUGGUACGAGGAGCACACUGGGAAUAUCAGCGGGGACCCUUACAGGACAAACCUUUACGCCCGCUACUCGCGCCGCUUCAGAACCGUGUUUGAGUACCUGAGGAAAGCUUUCCGAGAACACUUGUACCGCCGCGGGGGGAAGUACUACCGCAUCCGCUGCCUGCCUUACUUCUACAUCAUAGGCCAGCCGAAGUGUGGCACCACAGACCUCUACGACAGGCUGCAACUGCAUCCUGAGGUCAGAUUCACCACCUUCAAAGAGCCUCACUGGUGGACCAGGAAGAGGUUUGCCCAUCUAGUGGAUAUGGCUCAGUUCUGCCUCCAGUCUCAUGAGAAUCCCGUCACCCUGCUAACAAGACCGUGUACAGGACCGUGUACAGGACCGUGUACAAGACCGUGUACAAGACCGUGUACAAGACCGUGUACAAGACCGUGUACAAGACCGUGUACAAGACCGUGUACAAGACCGAGCAUCAGGAAACCCUCAUUGUUAUUCAGGGCCACUGAAGAUGAGAAAUCCUACAAUUGUUGUAUAAUCCGUCUGAGUGAGGGGUUCCAUGACCGUUACCCAGUGGAAGACUAUUUGGAUCUGUUUGACCUGGCAGCCUAUCAGAUCCAAGACAACCUGAUGGGAAACGCCCACUCAGGAGCCCCAGAGCAACACAACAUCAUCAUAGGAGAGGCCAGUGCGUCCACCAUGUGGGACAACAAUGCCUGGGCGUAUUUCUAUGACAACUCGACUGAGGCGGAGGCGGAGCCACCCUUCCUCAUCCAGGACUUUAUCCACACACUUCAGCCUGACGCAAGGUUCAUCGUGAUGCUCAGAGACCCUGUGGAGAGGUUGUACUCCGACUAUCUCUACUUUGGGAUCACUAAUAAGUCUGUGGAGGAUUUCCAGGACAAGGUGUCCGAGUCUCUCCAGCUGUUUGAAGGGUGCCUGACAGAGUACACCAUGCGCUCCUGUGUAUACAACACCACGCUCAACAACGCCAUGCCAGUCAGGUUGCAGGUGGGCCUGUACAUAGUCUACAUACUAGACUGGUUGACAGUCUACAGUAGAGAACAGAUUCUGGUCCUUCGGCUUGAAGACCACGCCUCCAACAGGAAGUACACAAUGCACCAAGUCUUUGACUUCCUCAACUUGGGUCUGUUGACGGAGCAGAAGGAAGCAGAGAUCACUAAAAGUCCCGCCUCCAACACACGGCGGCCAGCAGAUAAGAACCUAGGACCCAUGCUUCCCGUAACCAAGGAGAUACUGAGGGACUUCUACACUCCGUUCAACAAGAAACUGGCCAAGGUGCUCCGCAACGACUCCUUCAGAUGGGACAACCCUUCAGAACUCAUAUAAAGACUUGUUUUAAUGGGGAAACCAUUCAGAACUCAUAUAAAGACUUGUUUUAAUGGGAAAACCAUUCAGAACUCAUAUAAAGACUUGUUUUAAUGGGACAACCCUUCAGAACUCAUUUAAAGACUUGUUUUAAUGGGGAAACCAUUCAGAACUCAUAUAAAGACUUGUUUUAAUGGGACAACCAUUCAGAACUCAUAUAAAGACUUGUUUUAAUGGGGAAACCAUUCAGAACUCAUAUAAAGACUUGUUUUAAUGGGAAAACCAUUCAGAACUCAUAUAAAGACUUGUUUUAAUGGGACAACCCUUCAGAACUCAUUUAAAGACUUGUUUUAAUGGGGAAACCAUUCAGAACUCAUAUAAAGACUUGUUUUAAUGGGACAACCAUUCAGAACUCAUAUAAAGACUUGUUUUAAUGGGGAAGCCAUUCAGAACUCAUAUAAAGACUUGUUUUAAUGGGACAACCAUUCAGAACUCAUAUAAAGACUUGUUUUAAUGGGGAAACCAUUCAGAACUCAUAUAAAGACUUGUUUUAAUGGGGAAACCAU